GAUCCCCAUUCCUGUGCACUCAGCCAUGUGGAGUGUGAGCCUAAGGGGUCACCCAGAGCUGGGCAGCGGGGUUCGGACAGAUGGGGCAGCCAAUCCCCUCCCCAGCGGCAUCCUGGGGCUGCCCCCUCCCUCCAAACUAGACUCAGCCUCUCCUCUCCAACCUAGGCACAAACAGACCCUUCCUCCAUUGGACUGGGGCGCAGACCCAUAUCUCACCCACAUCCACCCUCUGCCUUUCAGAGUAAAUGUGCCAGAGCUAUGUGCCAGCCAGACCCAUUCCCCUUCCCUCAGAGCCGGCUCCCCGCCCGUCUAUAACCCUGUGCCUUCCUGCUGUGCUGACAUGGUGUCUCCUGGGAGAUCAAGCAAUGUGUCCCACCCGCCACACACACAAACACACUGCAUUUCCCAUCAGACACCCCCCCGCGCCCACGUCAAGGCAGACCCUGUCUCAGGUGACCAGGCUAUCCCUGGCUCUGGGAGGGGAGUGGAACUCAGGACUCCUGGGUUCUCUUUGCAGCUUAGGGGGAGGAGGGGAGUCUAGUUGGUUAGAGCAGGGGGGGGCCUGGGUUUUAUUCCCAGCUGUGGCAGCCAUAACCCAUGGGCUGCCUCUGAUUUUGUACCACGCUGCCGCCUCUGCGCCCCCUGCCCCGGGUUCAAAUCCUCCCACCGGGAAUCUCCCUCCUCGUUUACUUCUCCGUUCCCCAGCGAGCCGGGGCACGAAUGGGUUAAAGACACCAAGCGCCUGGCGUGUAGCCUGGAGCAGGGAGGGGGACGGGAUAGCGGAGGGACCUUCCUGUGCCAGCCUCGGACACCUGGGUCCCGAGCCCAGCUGCCCUCCCGCCGCAGUCUGCAGCUCCGGGGGAUCGCUCCGGCCCGGCGGGGCAGGCGUCCCCGUUCCCAAACCCCACCUCGUGUCGCACAUGGAGCCAUGGGAAGAGCUGCAGGUCCCAGAUCCCCAGUGCUCCAAGGAACAGGAGAUGCCAAGAGGCACCCAAGAAGGUGCCGAGAUCCCACGUAGAAGCAAGGAAGAGACUUUGCAGCAUGAAAGGGAAGCAGCCAGAUGCAAAGGGAGUGUGUCCUGUAAACUCAAGGGGGGCGAUGGCUGGAUGGAAGGGCAGCAGGAUCCUGGACCUCUGGGCUCCAUUUGUGUGAAGAGUGACAUGAGCGACGGGUCAGCGGGUGGCAUCCCAAGCCCCAUCACCUGCCCCAUGUGCGGGAAGGGCUUCAGCCGCAGGUCGAACCUCACGAAGCACCAGCGGGUCCACACGGGGGAGCGUCCCUUCUGCUGCACCCAGUGUGGGAAAUGCUUCACUCAGAGCUCCAACCUCUGCCGGCACCAGAGCCUCCACGCAGCGGGCGAGGGGCCCUGGCGCUGCCCUGAGUGUGGGGAGAGCUUCACAGGGAGCGCAGGGCUGGCCAGGCACCAAAGAACACAUGUCGUAGGGGAGAGAUCCCACUACUGCCACCAAUGUGGGAAAGGCUUUGCCAGCCACUCACUCCUGACCAUCCACCGGCGCAGCCACUCGGGGGAACGGCCGUUCUCAUGUGCCCAGUGCGGGCGCAGCUUUGACCGCAGCUCCCUACUGGUGGAGCACCAGCGCACCCACACUGGGGAGCGCCCCUACCGCUGCCACCAAUGCAGCCAGGGCUUCACCCGCGCCACCCACCUCAGCCGGCACCAGCUAAUCCACCGUGGCGAGCGACCUCACGGCUGCCCCGAGUGUGGCCGGCGCUUCCGGCUCCGGGCUGCGUUAGUCAAGCACGUGCGGAGCCACACAGGGGAGCGACCCUACAAGUGUGCUGAGUGUGGGGCGGUCUUCGCCAGUGUCUCCUCCCUGGCUCGGCACCGCCGGAGCCACGCCGGCGAGAAGCCCCACCGCUGCCCUGACUGUGGCAAGAGGUUCGGGCAGAGCACUGCCUUCGCUGAGCACUGCCGCACCCACACCGGGGAGCGCCCCUACCGCUGCCUGGAGUGUGGCCGCGCCUUCGCCGGCAGCUCCAACUUCAUCCGGCACCAGAGAGUCCACACCGGGGAGCGGCCCUACCAGUGCCAGGACUGCAGCCGCACCUUCCGGGUCAGCUCCAACCUGGCCAGGCACCAGAGGACUCACCACCAGGGGCUGGUGGCCACUGAGUGUGGAGAUACUCCCUUGCUGGGGCAGGCAGGACAGAGCUUACAGUUAAAUGCAAGGCCAUUCAUCUGGGGACAAAGAAGGGACCUUCCUGACAGCGCGGUGCCCAGGUCUGGCCCGCGUGUGAGCAGCGGGUCUGGGGGGAUCGCCCCAGCCGGGCGGUCAGGGUGCAUGCCGGUGAAGGUUGAACAAGUGGCCUGGGAGAAGAUGGCAUCCCCUGGGGCAUUAUGGGAAUCUCCCGGUUCCCAGCUGGACCAGCCGCAGCUCCAUCCAGAAUGUCUAUCCCAGGAGGAGGAGGGAAAGGGUGAACCUGCAAGACCCCACUAUGAGCUGCUUUCUAUCCCCAAAGAGAAGCCCCAAGCUCUCCAGGAAACAGGACACCAACGUGAGCUUCUUUGUGACAUAAAGGAGGAACCCCUUGAAACGGCUGUUGACAGGAAGCUGAGCAAGGAAGGUGCCGACACUGCCCCCUCUGCCCUCAGCUCCCUGUGCCCAUUCUCCCUCUGGGAGAACCUGGCAGACUCCACUGGCUGUGGGGACGAAGUACUCAGGGAUCCCACUGCUAACCCCCAGCAGGACAAGCCCUUCCGGUGCAACAAAGAAGAGGUGUUUGAGGAUCCCACCCUUGCCCCUCAGCUGGAUGGGGCACUUGGAGAUCUCACCUCUGCCCCCCAGCCAGCCGAGAAGCCGUUCAGGUGCAGCGAGUGCGACAAGACCUUUGGGCAGAGCUCCCACCUGCUGCAGCACCAGAUCACGCAUACCGGGGACCGCCCCUACCAGUGCCCUGACUGCGGCAAGCGCUUCAGCUGGAGCUCAGCCCUGUGCCAGCACCAGCGCAUUCACCGCGGGGAGCGCCCCUACCAGUGCCCUGACUGCGGCAAGCGCUUCGCCCAGAGCUCCAACCUGACCACACACCGGCGCACCCACACGGGCGAGAAGCCCUACCGCUGCCCACAGUGCGGCCGCGGAUUCAGCCAGAAUGCCAACCUGCUGACCCACCAGCGGGUGCACGCAGGGGUCAAGCGCCACGAGUGCCCCCAAUGCGGACGGGUCUUCGUGGAGCGCUCAUCUCUGCUCAAGCACCAAGGCGUGCACCUGGCGGAGAAGCCAUACCAGUGCCCCGAGUGCGGGCGCAGCUUCACACAGGGCUCCACACUGGCCCAGCACCUUCGCAUCCACACCGGUGAGAAACCAUACCAAUGCGGUGAGUGCGGGAAGUGCUUUGGGCAGAGCUCGGCCCUGGCCCAGCACCGCCGGGCCCACACAGGUGAGAGAUCCUACCACUGCCACCAAUGCGGCAAAGCCUUCAGCCAGAGCUCCAACCUCAUCACUCACCAGGCCUCACACACUGGUGAGCGGCCCUACAAGUGCCCGGACUGCGGACGCGCCUUUGGGCGCAGCGCCCAUCUGGUUACCCACCAGCGCACCCACACUGGGGAGCGACCCUACCGCUGCCACCAAUGCGGCAAGGGCUUCAGCCAGAGCUCCACCUACAUCCAGCACCAGACCACCCACACCGGUGAACGCCCGUACAAGUGCCCGCAGUGUGGCAAGGCCUUCAGCCAGAACUCCAACCUGCUCACCCACCAGCGCAUCCACACCGGUGAAAAACCUUACCGCUGCCACCAAUGCGGCAAGAGCUUCCGGCAGAGCUCAGGCUAUCUGCAGCACCAAAGGACCCACACAGCCUUGCAGCCCUCCACCACACCCACAUAAUGGUGCUCGCCAUGGGGACUAUGGGUCUAACAUCACAAGCCUCCAAUGUUUGUGCUAACUCAGAGAUAUGGUGGGAAUUACAAACCACAAUAUGUUGCCCGGGUAGCAGAGGGUUACACACAGUUGGACAUGCACCUGCCUCUCCUGAUAGGGCUAAAGCAGCGACACAGUGGACUCAUAGAUGGAUCUGGACUGAACAUGGGUUUUCCAUUUCAUGGGAAAUUCUGUGAUUUUUUCGGGGGGGAAAUAUCCAUUCCAAAACAGAAUGAAAAGAAACAAAUUCAAAACUUCCC